UUCGCGGCGCUCACUAAUGGUGUUUCGCACGUCGCGGCUUCCGUACAAUCACAGGAAGAGCUGAUAUCUUGUAAUCUUUACAAAACCAGCGACAAACCCUCAACACAUAUCUGAGCUAACCUCAUAAGGACACUGGUUGUCAUGGCAAAGAUCACUGUCGUUGUGCUUACUGUGGACUGAAGACAUUUAAGAGGAGCUGCUUCAGUUGUCCUGCCACAUACACUAUCCGGAAAGAUGAAGCUGCGAUUGCAUUUCGUGGUGGACCCUAUGGGCUGGUUCUGCAUAAGCACGGUGCUGUUCAUCUGGCUCUACAACACCCUCCUCAUUCCCAAGCUAGUGCUGUUUCCACACUAUGCAGAGGGACACAUACCUGCUGCACCAGUGGUCUGUUACUAUCUAGCAUCGCUGCUGUGUGUCUCUGCACUUAUCAGGGCUUCCACCGCUGACCCAGGAAAACUUGCUCAGGAUCCCAAAAUUCCACUUGCAGAGAGAGACAAUUGGGAACUCUGCAAUAAAUGCAACAUGAUGAGGCCAAAGAGGUCACAUCACUGCAGCCGCUGCGGCCACUGUGUGCGUCGCAUGGACCACCACUGUCCCUGGAUUAAUAACUGUGUUGGGGAGGAUAACCACUGGCUCUUUUUGCAGCUGUGUUUUUACACUCAGGUUCUGAGUCUUUACACUCUUGUGCUGGACUUCUGCCAGUAUUACUACUUCCAGCCGGUGUCCUCGGUGGACCGGGAGGAUUUUGCGGUCCGUCAUGAAUUAGCUCUUAUACGUGUGUCCUGUUUUAUGGGCCUGAUGAUGUUUGGGGGAAUGGGCAGCCUUUUCUACUCACAGGUCAAAGGAAUCCUUGCCGACACGACUACCAUAGAGAAGAUGUCACACUUAAUGGAAGACAUUGGCCUGCGGCGGUCGUGGCAGCAAGCGAUGGCUGAGGUGUUUGGCACUCGCUGGAAGAUCCUUUGGUUCCUGCCGUUCAGGAGCAGACAGCCUCUAAUGCUCAACCUGACCUCCCGCUCUCGUGUGUAGACAGACAGACAGAGACUCACACAUCAAUCCAGUGGAGAAGGUCACCCUCUCUCUCUCUCUCUCUCGUCUCCUCUUGUUCUCAGUAGCAUCUUCUCCACAAUGGCUCAGCAUCUUUAAUGGCUCAAACCCCUUCAGGUUCUAAUAAACACGGAGAGCGAUCUAACUACUGAUACGAAUGCAUAAACCUGCAUACAGCUGUACAAUCAGUGUCAUGUUGAAACUAGAUAAUUUGGUUGUUUGUCUUGGGUCAGGGUUUAUAUUAGUGAAACAGGAUUACAGGGAAAUGGUUGAUUCUUAGGCUUUGUUGUCUCCAGGGCAACCCUUAUUUGUUUAGAUCUCGGCCCAGCCCGCUCCCCCAGGUCCGGGUCACGUGAACGGUUGUCAUGCGAAAGAAGUGAAGGGGGUGGAGUCUGCUGUCUGCCUUAAUGGCACUGAUGGUUGAUGGCUCUAGAGGUGAGGCGUGACCUCUGGCAUGAGUGAAAUACACUGCUGAAGUCCAAAAGCUUAACACACACACAUACAGAUAUACACAAUGAUAAAUAGAAACACGGUUUACAGUUGUCACGAUCGUGCACAUACUUACGCAUACCUCACCAAACACUACUAAUGCCUCUACUGAUAGUUUGACUACUAUAGCUGCAGUUUAUCACACUUUUAUCUUUUAUUUUAGUCAUUUCUGUUUAUGUGCCUUUUGAAGUCCAUUUUUUACUUAUUUGUAUUAUUUUAAGUACUCAUUUAUUUUUAUAUGACUAUUCAAGUUACAUUAAAACCAUGAUCAUGAGUAUGUAUUUGAGGGAGCUGUUAAAUCAAUAAUAAUAAUAAUAAUAAUUUAUGAAGUAAGUUUUGUGUUUGAAAUAAGUAUUUUUAUCAAGAAGUAAAUGUUAUUUGCAAAGAAUAUUCAUUUUAACAUCAAAAUUCUCUAAUUUGCUUUACUGAUGUGCAAGUAAUAUUUCUUACUCAUACAGAAAGGAUGAAACAUGAUGUACUGUGAUUUAUGUUUUUUGCCCAUAUUUUCAACAUGAUUACAUGAAAUCUUUAAAUUGACUUUUGUAACCAUUUCAAAACCACCUCUAAAUCUGGGAACAAAUCACCAAUUUUCUCAAGUGCCUCUAAACAUGCAGUUAUUUAAAAAAACAAAAACUUUAAUGUAAUAAACAAAACGGUAUAAUAACUGACUUUGUAUUAGGUGCACAUUGUACCCACAUGUUGUGGUUUUAGAUCAUGUUAACUUUUGAAAUAACACGAUAAGGAUCCUUAAGCAAAUCUGAGUUCAUGUUCAAAUUGAUUGAGCUGUUGUCUAUUAUUGUUAAAGGAAUGGUUUACCUUCAAAAUGAAAUUUUUGUCAUCAUUUACUCACCCUGUUGUCCUUUUAAACCUUUGUGAUUAUCUAUCUACAAAAGAAGAUAUUUUGAAAAAUGUUUGUAACCAAAAACCGUUGUCCCCAUUGACUUCUAUUGUAUGGACACUAAACCAAUACAAGUCAAUGGGGACAAAUGUUUUUUGUUACAAACAUUUUUCUAAAUAUCUUUUGUGUUCUGCAGAAGAAAGUCAUAUAGGUUUGAAAUUACAAGAGGCCGUGUAAAUAAUGACAGAAUUUUAAUUUGAAGGUGAACUAUUCCUUUAAGAAAAACAAUAUUGUGCACAUGCACCAAACGAUUCAAUGUGCAAUAGUGAGUUUUGACUACUAGGCCUGGGUUAAUGUAAUAGACUUGAUAGUUGUGGUCACAGGAUCUUACUUAUGAAUUAAACGGUAGUAGCUGAUAGUUGCUUAGAGUGAAUGUCGAUAUUCCAUACAAAGUUUGAGGUAGAAGAUACGAAUUUCAUUACAUAAUAGUCAAGCAGGCACUUCUAUAAUAGCCUGGAUGUGGUUGGAUGAGUUUGCCGAAUGAAGAUUAGCUCCAUAAAAAUUAUUUAUCUUGCGAAACACUCCAAUAGAAUGUUAUGAAAUGGUUACAUUUGGUAUUAUUUUUGUGUAUUUUGUGUUGCAGCAAUUUAACGCUGAGAUCGCUAGCUCCGAACAGUGACUACUUGAACUACUUGUAUUGUGAAUAUCAUGCAUUCACCGAUUCAGUUGCUAUUUUUUUAUUUGCCUUGUUCUCGUUCCUUUCAGUUUUCAUUUUUUAUAUCUCAAUUUGAAAGUACUACUGGGUGUUUUAAAAUCAUUAAUGUAAGUUUUCUCGCCUCUUUCUGAUAUCAAACUAUUUUGCUUUUGUUUUUUCUUUGUAUUUUAAAUGCAGAACAUUCACAUAUGAGCUCUUUGUUGGUAAUAUGUGUGAGAAUGUUACAUUGGUACAGCGCAGAGAUUGUUUGAUUCCAUUACUUGACUCAUAUAUGACAUAUUUAUGUAGUAAUAUGUUUAACAUUACGGUACUAUAAUAUCCUUACAUUAGCCUUAUAUAAAUUAUAAAGAGAGUAUAUAAAACCAGUACUCAUUGUAGCGUUUUGUUGAUACAGUAUAGCCCAUGUUUAUGUAUCUGUACGUGAAGCAAUAAGGGCCACUAGAAUUUAUUCACUGUUAGCAAAGCAAAUACUACUAUUGUAUGGACAGGUAUAGAUCACUGGACAUUAUUUUAUUUCAGUUUUACUCCUUGUGAAAAUUGAAACUACUCAUCGCUGUUGUUUAAGAAAGUUUCUCUCUUCAGGUGCAUGGUGUUUCUGUUUCUUUGUUUCAUUUGUGAUGUCAGUCGCAGUGUUUAUGUUGUAAUCAUUGGGAUUUGAAGUAUAUCAGAUAUAAAUUAUUUAUGAAGCCAUUUUUAAUAAACAUUUUUUGCUUGAUGA